GGAUUAUUCGUUUCAGGAUAUGAUGUACAACGGCUGGCAGCAAACAGUGUACCAACCUGUUGCGCAGACACUGGUACUACCGGCCAGCCUCGCCAAACAUCCCCAGCAAUGGAGCAAACAUGAAGUAGGCACUUGGCUCCGAUGGUGUUCAGAAGAGUACAGCAUUGAUAACAUACCUCCAGACAAAAUAGACAUGAACGGUAAAGCGUUAUGUCUACUGGGUCGGGAGGACUUCAUGACGAGGAUACCGAAAAAUGGGGACCUUUUAUACAAUGCCCUACAGAAACUGAUACAACGAAACCCUGCCAACCUAGUCUGUUCACCCGUGCCGACCUACCAUCCGUCCAUACUGCCACCAGUCAGCACCAGCUUCUCAACGGCUGCAUUUCAACAGAACAGGGGAGAUAAUAACCAUAACGCUGGACUAAUUGUCCUUAGUUCAUCUGACACCUCACAAGCCACGACAACGUCCUCUCCUGCUCGUCUGGGACAACAACAACGCUCACUGGUUCCAAUUUUACCUCAACCGCCAAAAGCAUCACCCAUUCAUCAUCAUAACACAGUUGUUCCUAACCCGAUCGCGACUACUUUGCACCAAAAUGACAUAUCAUUACAGCCAACAUCCGUACCAGGUAGAGUUUUAAGUCCGGCCCCUACGAUUGCUGACACCGACAGUGCGUCUGAUGAGGAGCCAGUGACAGAUCCAGACGAUUGUGACAAAUUACCCGACGAGAACAGUUUAUGUGAUAGUUUGACGUUUUCCCCCAACAUGCCAUCAACAUUACCUACAGGGGACACAACUCUGUCACACUCCCUGAUGCUCCGUAAACAGGACUCCGAGUGUCGUUUACUGUGGGAGUUUAUUUAUCAACUGCUACAGAACCCUCAUCAGUACAGUAACUAUGUGUGCUGGGAGAAUACACAGGAUUACGUGUUCCGGAUAAUAAAUCCUACAGGCCUGGCCCAGCUCUGGGGUCACCAAAAGAACCGGACAAAUAUGACGUACGAGAAACUGUCCAGGGCCCUCAGGUACUACUAUCGAAUGAACAUCAUCAAAAAGGUCUCAGGUCGUCGGCUUACAUAUCAGUUUCUUCAAGCUCCGUCCAAAAUCCAAAAGGGUCAGAGGGGUGCAAAACCACACAGCAAGACCAUAUCACCACCCCAAACGCCGGUCAAAAACGAAGUUGAUCAUGAAGAACGUUCCGAACGGGUUGAAGAGGUAGAUGAGAGAUCACAAACGUCACCCAACAUUCCUUCAGUCAUAAAGUCUGAAUAUCAUCCUAGUGAUAACUCCCACAAUAACUUCAACAAUCACUACUGUACUGAUUUUCCUUCUGGACUUCCAUUUAACAACGGUUUUAUUAAUAUUCCUAAAAGUGUACAUCAGCAUAAUGAUGGGGGGAUCAUGGGUGGAUUCCAUCUGUCGGAUUCUACUGAUCUCAUUGAUAAAAGUAGAGUUAGUCCGAGUAAUUCUAGUGGAGUAAAAUCUGAAAGAGGGACGCCGUCGAGGAACUCUCCUGUGUUUGAUGAUGCUGAGGCAUCAGUGAAGCUAGAAGUCCAGAACGAGCCUGAAGACUUAUCUAUGAACACAUUAAAACGUCAGUACUCACAUACUUUACCUGAUCAACUGGAUGAAAGUGUUGUGAAACUCCACAGAGACAACCAUGGCAACCGUUUACCAGUCAAAGCGUUAUUUAAACAGCUUAGCUGACAGCCAUGUAUGGCGAUAAACAUUUCCUCAUGAACCCCCGCAUACGUACUUAAAGGAUUUGAAAUACAUUCAUUCCCAUCUUAAGUGGGUGUUUUAACGAGUUUACACGGAUUUUACUUAAUUUUAUU